AUGGCUGGUCAGCCCCAGAACGGACCUCGAUUAUGGCAGGUGCAAGUGUGCCAAAGCCUAGAUCUGAGUGGACCGAUUCAAAAAAAAAUUGUUGCUCGGAUGAAUAUCAAAACUCUCAACAGUUUGUACUCCGCUCUUUCUGAAGGCGAGCGCAAACAGAUCAUUACCUGUGUCUCAGCCAAACAGGCUUGGAAAGUGUUGUUAACAACUUACAAAGGUAAUGAGCAAGUGAGAGAACAUAUGCUUCAGGAUCUUUGGUUAGAUUUUGAUGAGCUGAAAAUGUCUGAAAGUGAGUCAAUAGAUGAGUUCUAUAAUCGUAUUUUGAACAUAACAAAUCAAUGUGCUGGUCUUGAUGCUCCUCUAGAUCAAUCUAGGAUUGUCAGGAAGUUUCUUAGAGGUCUCCCUCCUAGCUAUGAGAAUAAGAGAGUAGCCAUACAAGAAGCCAAGGACUUGAGAACUCAUUCCUUAGAGGAGCUAGUCGGAAAUCUGAAAACCUAUGAGGCUCAUAAGAAAGGUUUGAUGAAAAAGAAAUCUAUUGCUCUCUCCUCCAUUAGGGAAACUGAUUCAAGCUUACAGAUUAAAAUCCCUGAGGAUGUUGAAUACAGUCUAGAAGAGUUUGGUGAAACUUCACAAGAUAGAAGUCAUGAUAGGUAUCUUAGGAACACUCGUGUUGAGUCUUCACAGGAUAGAGGUCAAGAUAGAAACUCUAAGGGUAAGAAUCACCAAAGAAACGAAACGUGCUUCGAAUGCAAGGGUGUGGGACAUAGGGCUGUUGAUUGUGCUCAUAGAAGAAAUCGUCCCCAAAAGGCCUUUGUAGUCACUUACAGUGAUAGUGAAGAGGAUCCUUCUUCUGACAAAGAGGAGGACACUGUGGCUUUCACAGCUCGGUUUGUCCCUAAUUCCUCUUUGGAUCAUGAUGAAGAACCAGUUUCCCUCGUUUGGAUUCUUAUCCUAUGGAAUUAA